UCAUGUAGCUGGUAGUGGUGGGUAAAACUUCAACUUUCAUCUGUCUGUAAUCACAAAAUCUCACACACAAACCAAAAACAUUUAAAAACCCAGAAUAAAUAACACAGUCAUUGUUUAUUUGCUAUUUUGCUCAGAUUGCUACAUGUAGUUAGCAAUUUGAUUGGGGUGCACCAAUCCCACAUGGUUGGGUAUGUUUUGUCUUAUUUGGAUUCUGGAACACUCCCAACCAAACUUGUAACCCCCUUUAGCAAUCUCGAUUUUGUCUCGAAAAUCACAAGAUGUUUGGUAGAUGACAAAGUCCCUCUUACUGUUACACCAGUCAGUUGAUUCGAGUUGUCCGUCAGUAAACAAAAAGAUUACCCUUAGUAAUAGUAAUUAAUUCAUUAAUCCAUUUAUGUUAUUUUAAGUUCAUUUUUCUUUAGAAUGAGUACUAAAAUUGUGCUUCCCACCUUAUUUAAAAAUAAGAAAAAAAAACCUGACUCCCGCGUUUGUGAUUUUAGCUAGAGUUGACCUGAUCAAUCUUCCAAGCUCCACAGAGAAACAAGAAUACGAGUGAUUAGAUCGGAAACUCUAAUUUGGUUGAAGAAUGAAAGUAAGAAAUAGAGGGGGAUUAUUCAGAACAAAGCUAGAAUUACCCAUUGUUUUACUUUCAUGCACUCUAUUUUUCCUUGCUGGUUUCUUUGGAUCCGUUCUCCUUUCUCAAUUCCAGGAUAUUGAUGAAGUUGUACCUAAAUCUAGGAUACUUGAUGAAUCUGUAGUAGAAAAAAGAGAGGAGGAUAAAGUGUUUGAAUCAAUUCCUAAUGGAGAUACUGGGGAUUCUUAUGUUACUUCCAUUCCUUUUCAGGUUUUGAGCUGGAAACCUCGUGCUGUUUACUAUCCUGGUUUUGCAACUGUAGAACAAUGUGACAACAUAAUUAAAAAGGCCAAGGCAAAUCUUAGACCAUCAGGCUUGGCUUUUAGGAAGGGAGAAACUGCUGGCAACACCAAGGGAGUAAGAACAAGUUCGGGCACAUUUCUCAGUGCAUAUAGCGACUCAACUGGAACCUUGGCCCAGAUUGAGGUAAAAAUAGCAAGGGCUACAAUGCUUCCGAGGAGCCACGGGGAGGCAUUCAAUGUUCUGCGCUAUGAGAUUGGACAGAAAUAUUUGUCUCAUCAUGAUUCAUUCAACCCAACUGAGUAUGGACCACAAAGGAGCCAAAGGAUAGCAUCUUUCCUGUUAUAUCUUUCUGACGUGGAAGAAGGUGGUGAAACAAUGUUCCCAUAUGAGAAUGGUUCGAAUAUGAAUAUUGGCUAUGACUAUGAAAAAUGUAUUGGCUUAAAAGUGAAGCCUCGUAGAGGGGAUGGCCUGCUCUUUUAUUCGUUAUAUCCAAAUGGGACGAUUGAUCAGAUGUCACUUCAUGGGAGUUGUCCUGUGAUAGUCGGACAAAAAUGGGUGGCUACAAAGUGGAUCAGGACUCAAUAAAUAAACCACUGAUAUUUAAGUACACGUAAUAAGAAAAGGGGAAAUCACAUCAUGAAUUUUGUCUUCUCAUUGGGUACCUUAAGUAUAACGAUAGCGAUACAGAUGGCAACCACUUCGUUAUUGCUACUGCACUCCAGAGGAAAUGAAGGUAAAAAAUAAAUUGUAGUAAGAUGUAAGUUCUUUCUUUAAUUAGGGUGGGAAGUGUCCUUCUAUUUCUGAUAACGUGCAUUAGAAAGAAAAGAAGGGCAAUGCACUGAAAACAACAAAUAAUUUAAAUUUGUUUUUCAAAGGUUUCUGAGCAGUUCUCCCGAACAGAAAAGAACGGCAGAUAAUUUCAGCGCUGACUGUUACUUUCUGAGCAGUUUAUGUAUUGUUUUGCACUAUGAGCCGCUCAAGCCUCUUUUGAAAAAAAUCUGCAAUUUUCCCCCCUUCAAUUAAUCUUAGUUGAAAAUAUUUACUGUAAUCUGUUGUGUUUCCCUGGUUCUUGUUUUUUCAGUUACGUAGUGUAUUGAAGGCUUGAUGCUUUGUGAUAUUUCUGAGUUUCCCCUUUUA